AAAGGAGCAAGAAGGAUGGGCAUCAUGAGAUGUGUUGCCCCAUUUGUGACCCAAAUUUUCGUCAUUGGAAUUCUGGUAUUUUUUGAAAGGUUGGAUGGAUUCACACUUCCAUGCCCACCCUCAAACAUUGAUUCCAAAAGGAAUACCAAUUAUCCUAGGUAUGACAAUGUUCAUAUUUGGGAGACACUUGGUCAUUCCAUUGAAUUUCUUACAUCAUCAAUUUUAAAAUUAUGGAGUAGAUUAACUAAAUCAAAUCCUCAUGAAUAUUUGGAUGGAACAGGAUUUCAUGGAAAUCUGCUGAAAAAACUUUACAAAUCAUCCAAUGUCCUACAAGUGGCUCCCAAAGCAAAAAUAACCAAAAAGGAACAGACUCAAGAGUUGAAACUCCAAAAGGAUUUAACUACAAAAAUUUCAGAAGCUAUGAGGUUGAAUAUGGGACUGAAGGUGAUUCUCAAAGGAAAAAUAAGAGGUAACAAAGUGAAAGCUCAUGAGUUGGAGAUUCAAAAGGACGUUGCUACAGAAAUUUCACAAGCUCUGAAGGUAAAUAUGGGGCCGAAGAUAACUCUCAAAGAAAAAAUAAGUGGAAACAAGGAAACCCCUCAUGAGUUGAAGAUGCAGAAGGAAGUGACUAGAUAUAUUUCAGAAACUCUUACCCUUAAGAGGUGGCCAAAGGUGACUCUCAAGGAAAAAAUAAGACGAAAGAAAGAGAAAACUCAUGAGUUGGAGAUGCAGAAGGAAGUGACUAGAGUUAUUCCACAAGCUCUGAAGGUAAACACGGGGCCGAAGAUGACUCUCAAAGAAAAAAUAAGAGGAAACAAGGAGAAACCUCAUGAGUUGGAGAUGCAGAAGGAAGUGACUAGAGAAAUUUCAAAAACUCUUAAGGUUAAGAGAUGGCCGAAGGUGACUCUCAAGUAUAAAAUAAGAGAAAAGAAAGAGAAAACUCAUGAGUUGGAGAUGCAGAAGGAAGUGACUAGAGAAAUUUCACAAGCUCUGAAGGUAUAUACGGGGCUGAAGAUGACUCCCAAGGAAAAAAUAAGAGGAAAUAAAGAGAAAACUCAUGAGUUGGAGAUGCAGGAGGCAGCGACUAGAGAACUUUCAGAAGCUCUGAAGGGUAAGAGUUGGCCAAAGAUGACUCCCAAAGAAAAAAUAAGAGGAAACAAAGAGAAAAUUCAAGACUUGGAGAUGCAGAAGGAACUGACUAGAGAAAUUUCAGGAGCUCUGAAGUUUAAUACAAGGCAGAAAGGGAUUCUCAAAGAAAAAAUAAGAGGAAAAAAAGAGAAACCUCAAGACUUGGAAAUGCAGAAGAAACUGACUAGAGAAAUUUCAGAAGCUCUUAAGGUUAAUAAAGGACCCAAGGUGACUCUCAAAGAAAAAAUAAGAGGAAAAAAAGAGAAACCUCAAGACUUGGAAAUGCAGAAGAAACUGACUAGAGAAAUUUCAGGAGCUCUGAAGUUUAAUAUGAGGCAGAAAGUGACUCUUAAAGAAAAGAUAAGAGGAAACAAAGACAAAACUCAUGAGUUGGAGAUGCAGAAGCAAGUGACUAGAGAAAUUUCAGGAGUUCUGAAGGUUAAUAAGGGGCCAAAGGUGACUUUCAAUGAAAUAAUAAGAGGAAACAAAGAGGAAACUGAUGAGUUAGAGAUUCAAAAAGACUUGCCUACAGAAAUUUCAGAUGCUUCAGGUCACAUCCUCCUGGGGAUUCAAAGCCUUCUGGAAUAUUUAAGGAUCUAUGAAAAAAUGAUACACAAUGUUCAUCAGCUUGGAAGAAAUCUAAAGGAAGAUGAUUUUUUUGUGGAGUUGCUAACAAAAAGUCGAAGAUGUGCAAAAAUCAUUGGAAAACCUGUAGGCGAGCAAGGGAAAAGGCUUCCUCAAGCACCCACUCACUCCUUACAGAAACGCUCCAUUUUACAUCUUCCAACUCAUCUGCCUCCUUUGACUUCUUUUGUAGUAGGUAGUGGUGGUGAGGAAAAACCUAAUAAAGUGGUCAUUAUUCUGAAAUCUGGCAACAGAUCAGCAAGGCCCAGCCAUGUAAAACACCUUGUAACCAGUGAGCAGGCGAAAGAGAAAAAUACUCAGAACAAACAAAUUGCAGAGAAACUUUUAGAGAAGGAACUUGAGUCUCAGGACUCAAGAAAGGCAAACCUCAGACACCUAAUAAUUGGAGGAAGGAACUCAAGAAUUACUACUGAGGCACCUGAAACUUUGAACAAACUGUUGCCUGAUAAAACAUUGUCCAAUGAAGCACAUUGGGAGUAUCAGGAACAAACCACCUCUGAUCCCCUUUUAUCUGACUUUUUGUCAAGCACGGAUAACUUUUUUCUUCAGGGCAAUGUCUUUGAAGCUGAGGUGCAAAAACAGUUGACACACCUCAUCCUUAAUGAGCCUAGGAAGAACCUAAUUGCCCACUUGAUCCGUAUGAUAAAAGUGAACUGCAAAGAACCAACUACCCAGACGUCUUGUGAUUUUCUCAUCUCUAGAAUAGGGCUUGUAAUGAAACUCCUCAAUAAGAGAAAAACUAACCAGGAAGCAUCUGCUCUGUUGAAAUCUGACUUGUUGCUGACUAAAAAUGAAACCAAUAUGACUAUAGCAAGCUCCAGAAAAAUGGAAAAACCUUCUGAGAUACCAAAGCAGGGAAUUCGACAAUAUGGGAAUGGCUUCAAUUGGAGGUUGGCUGUUUCAGUGACAACGGCAAUGGUGGUUAUUAUUCUAAUAAUUUGUUUGAUUGAGAUCUGUUGUCAUCAAACUACCAAAGGAACAGAAGGAACCCCUCCUGUAAAACGGACAUUUCUGGAUAGACAGAAGGAAGAUACACCUGAAAAACAGACUUCAGCAUCUUCUUUUGACAAGCCUCCUUGGCUUAAGGAUAUGUAUCUUGAUAAAGUAUGGAAAAAAUACAGCAGUGAUAAAUCUCAUAAUGAAGAAUCCUCCGAAGACGAAGUGAUAUUCAGUCGUGAAAGUGCAAGAUCUCCAGAAAUACCUGAGCCUUUUCCUGUGGAAAUAACUGAGAUAAUGCCACCACCCCCACCAGCAGCAGCUGAACCUCCAGCUCCGGCUCCGGCUCCGGCUCCGGCUCCGACUCCGGCUCCAGCUCCUGCUCCCACUCCCACUCCCGCUCCCGCUCCCGCUCCAGCUCCAGCUCCAGAGCCUGUUAAAAAGGCCAGUUCAAAGAAACUGUCUGAAAAAGAGACAGCCACUAGUGAAACCUCACCAACGACUGAGUGA